AUGCUUCCCCUGGAGGUCAGGAAGCAGAAGCCGCACCGCGUGUCGGAACCGACGUGCGAGGCGGACAGUCCUCCGGUCCCGACUCGGCGCUUAAAGAACCGGGACUUCCCUCUGAGCGUGAAGCGCCGGCGCUCCGGUGGCGCCGCACCGGAGCGCAAGGUGAACUGCGUCCUGGUUGGAGACGGAGCCGUGGGCAAGACCAGCCUCAUCGUCAGCUACACCACCAACGGGUACCCGGCGGAGUACGUCCCCACCGCGUUGGACAACUUCACCGUGAUGGUUGUUGUGGACGGAACACCCGUGAGACUGCAGCUCUGCGACACGGCGGGACAGGACGAGCUGGAGCUCCUCCGCCCUCUGUGCUACAAGAACGCCGACGUCUUCCUCCUCUGCUACAGCGUGGUCCGCCCCUGCUCCUUCCGCAACCUGAUCCGCCGGUGGGUUCCUGAGAUCCGCCGGCACCGCCCCGGCGCGCCCCUGGUCCUCGUCGGCACCCAGCUGGACCUGCGGGAGGACGUCCAGGUGCUGAUUCACCUGGCGCAGAACCAGCUGCGGCCCGUGGCCACCGAGGAGGGCCGGCGGCUGGCCCUGGAGCUCGGGGUGGCGGGCUUUGCCGAGUGCUCGGCGCUGACCCAGAAGAACCUGAAGGACGCUUUCGAUUCGGCCAUCUUGGCCAGCGUCCAGCAGACGGACUGCAGCGGCCAGCAGCAGCGGCCGACUCUGAGGGAGAAGACGCCCGAAAAGAUCAAGAGCCUCUCGGAGACCUGGUGGAAGAAGAUCAACUGUCUGAUGGUCGAGCAGAGCUGUGACUGCCAGUGA